AUGGAUCGUGUAAGGGCUUUGAUAGGUAUUAAAAGCCAUAAUAAUAACAAUAGUUUUAAUACUAAUAAUAAUAGAGAUAUAAGAUCGAAUAUAAAUAGAAACCUAGAAUAUACGGGUUCAACUCCAACAACAAGAAUUGUUAAUGAGAAUAUUGGAUCAAGAGAUGAAAUAGCUAGGGGGGAUGGAGAUAGGAGGUUCAUAAGGCAGCCGUUAAAUGGAACUGACCAAUUUAGUCUAUAUGAUCAACAUACAGUAGUAGAAAAUGAAGGAAAUAAUCCUAUAGAAGAAAGCAUGACCAUUAAUAAUGACGAUAUCCACACUUUUAUAUCUGAAUCACAAACUAUUGGUGAUUUAUAUACGCGUGGAUACGUCAACAGAUCUCCAAAUUUUGAUUCUGUUAGAAAUAUUCCAUUGGUAUCAAUUUUAUUGACUAGAGGCCUUUUUGCAUUUUCAAGUGAUAUAUCAUAUAAAACUUUUUUAAAUAAUAAAAGGAAGUUAGAUCAGCCAGCUUCCCUUGAUAAUGGUGGUAUUGGUGUUCCUUUGUUCCAUGCAGUGACAAAUAAUGUUAUUAAGUCUUUAUUAGUCUCUGGAAAAUCAAAAGUUGAACCUGUAAUGAAGAUAUUUAAGUACCAAAUCAUUGAUAACAAUCAUACUAGUAGUUUAGAAGAUUUAGAAUUAUUACCAAAUUAUGAAAUCAUACUACAGAAUAAUAUUAGUAAUAAAUUUUUGAUCAAAUAUGAGUUUUGCCAAAUCUUUAAAUCUAUUGAUGAAAAUAACUCGUUGAAAAUCAUUCAUAUUUUGAAAUUUCAUGAUGGGAAAGAAAUUAGAAUGGUUAAUUUUAGUGAUAAGAAAGAUAUUGAUACUGUUGUUGAUGAUUUCCCUCUUCGAUGGUAUGGUUUUUCAGGGUUUGCAUCCCCGUUUGGAUCAAAUGAUAUUAAAUUAUUAGUGUUAGAUGAUAAUAUGCCAAGUUAUAUGGAUAACAAUACGAUUAAUAGCGGCGUCAAUAAUUCACAUACUAACAAUGCAAAUCAAUUAAUUAGUAGUCGACCUUUACGAGCUUUACCAAUCUGGGGACGUUAUUCUGAUACAAAUGUUUCAAUGUUACCAACAAAGAGAACCGUGAAAUUAGCAAAUUUUAAAAUUAAAGAGUUAUCUCAAGCAACCAAUGCUGCUUUAUAUACUGAUUCCGAUGAAGACUCAACAUCUUUAAGUAAUGGAAUCACAAUGAUUCCAGAAAAUACUCAAAUUCUGACAUGUAUGUGCAUGCUAUUACAUGAAUAUGAAUCCAGGAAGGAAAGAAGACAUAAGAAUAAUACUGCAAAUGAUGAUUCUAUUUUAUUUACAAACAACUAA